UUUAAAUAAUAUAUUGAGGUCGACUAUUGAUAAGAAAAAUAAAUAUAUUUAUCUUGUAUUUAGGAUUUAGUGUGAUUUAACUAUCUAAAAAAAUUUUUUUUUUAAAAAAGAAAAGAUAUUUAAAAGCAUUUUAACGACAAAACUAAAUGGAUGUAGAUUUUGAAAAAGCGCUGAAUGAACUAAACGAAAGAACCGAUACGCGAUGUUUGGAUGUUGAAGCUAUACGCGAUAGGAUAAAACUUCGACCAGAUAUUUUAUUUACGAGAGUCGACGAUGAAUUUAUUAUCCGAUUUUUGAGAUCCAGGAAAUACGACAAAGAUAAAGCAUUCCAGUUACUUGUUAAUUACAACCAAUUUCGCCGAAAGCACUUUAUUUUUUUCAAAACACUUAACAUUUCCUGUUUGCGUCCAGUGUUUGAAGACGGACUUCCAACUGUAUCACCAUUACGAGAUCAUCUUGGUAGAAGCCUAAUUUUUUUGUUUGCUGGAAAUUGGAACAGUGUUCUAUAUACUUUUGACGACAUUUUAAGAGCUCUUUUUGUCACAAUGGAGUACUUAAUUGAGAGCGAGCGUACGCAACUUUUUGGUGUGGUUCUUGUUGUAGAUUUUACAGGCUGGAAAUUUGCAGAUGCACAAAAAUUGAAUAAACAACAUCUUAUCGAUGCAAUUAAAAUGUUUCAAGAUUGUUUUCCAGCUAGAUUCAAAGCAAUUCACUUUAUUAAUCAACCAUGGUAUGUGAGAGUUAUGUUAACACUCAUUAAAUCAACUUUAAAAGAAAAGACAAUAAGCAGAAUCUAUUUUCAUGGCAAAAAUUUAUUUGAGUUACAAAACUAUAUAAAAGCGGACGCUUUGCCCCGUGAACUCGGAGGUGACCUUUUGAUUACAGACAAAUCGUGGUUGUACAAAGCUUUAUUAGAAAAAGAAGUAUUCAAAGGAAAAUCUGAAAGAAAAAAAAUUCUAUAGGUUCUUUUUAUAGGCGCAUGUAAAAUAUAUUUUUGUAAAAAAGUUAUGUGAAGCUAACUUUUAGAAGGACACGUUAUUUUAACGUAUAUUUCUUUUCACAAGCUGGUGUUUAGCUUUGUCAGUAUGUUAUCAAAAAUGUUGCCUCGCUGAUAUGUUAUUCAUAUAUGAUUAGCAUUUGUUUAUUAAAGACAGAGUUAAAUUCUUUUAUUUUUUCAUUCAUGGUUACGAUUCUAGAAGAUUUCAAUGAAGCUCAACAUGAAGCUUUUUUUAAAAGGUGGCAAAUUUAUAUAUAAUUUACUGCUAUCAUAAAAAAAUCACCCAAUUUUUGCGAGCCAUCAGCUAUAUACCGUGAUGUCAGUUAAAAAAACAAACAUUGGAUCUCAUAUUGGAUACAAACGUCAAUGCAAUAAAUUUGGUUUGAAACUGGAUGAGUGAGAUAAAUAUCAAAUUUGAAAAGACUUUAUAUUUAUUUAUAUUUAUUUUUUAAUCUUAAAUAAAUUAAAUCAAUUAAUAAA